AUUUUUUCAAAUGACAACUUUUGAUGGUGAAAGAAUAUACUAUACAAAUUAGAAAUUUACAACAGAUGAGUAUAUAAUGAUUUUAUAUUUUAUAGAGAAUUUAAUCAUGAGUCAACAAUAACAGAUGCUGGAAAGAGGAUUUUGAAAUUUCUUAAGGAAUUUCAUUUUUAAGACAAAUUUAUAUACAGAGAUCAACUGAAAGAGAACGUUGCAAAUAAUGAAUAUAUAUUGCGAGUGGAAAUAAACGAUAUUGAAAAUUAAGAUAAAGAACUAUAUUCUUUUAUUUUGGAUCAUCCAUAAGACAUUUAGGAAACUUUUGAAGAUAAGAUAAAAGAAGUAAUAUAUAAAAUAUAAAAUAAAGUUGUAUAGCUAAGAAAAGAUGUUAAACAAGAGUGAUUGUCCAGAUUUUUAAUUAUAAUUGAUAUCUUAAUAGAAUCCAGAUUUGCUUAGAAAUUUGACAGCAUAACAUAUUGGUAAAUUGGUAACAAUAAAAUGCAUAAUAUCUGCAUCUAAAUCAAUUAAAGUGAAGGCAAAGAAAAUAUUAGUGAGAUGUAGAGAAUGUCAAGAUGAAUAGAAUAUAAAUCUUGGAUUUGGACCAAAACCAAUGAAUUUACCAAGAUAUUGUUUGGGAAAGGUUUAAUAAAAAGGUGCAUAGACAGAUGUAUAAUGUCCAACAGAUCCAUAUGUAAUAAUACCAGAAGAAUGUUAAUACAUAGAUUAAUAAACAUUAAGAAUUUAAGAGCUUUCAGAAGCAAUUCCAACAGGAGAAGUUCCUAGAAACUUUAUGGUUUAUUGUGAUAGAUAUUUAGUAAACAAACUAAUUCCAGGAUAAAGAGUGAUAAUAACAGGAGUAUAUUAAGUACCACCAAAAGGAUCAUCUACAAUAAAAAGUAAUGCAAUUGAUACAGAAUUAUUGUUACCUUAUAUUCAUGUAUUUGGAGUAUAAACAAAUAAAAUAAAUAUUAAAUAAGGAUUAUCAGAAGCUUAAAGAUAAGAAUUUAAAUAAUUAAGUAGAAAUAGUGAUAUAUUUAAAAUUAUAACGAAUUCAAUAGCUCCAGCAAUAUAUGGUCAUGAAGAUAUUAAAUUAGCAAUAGCAUGUUUAUUAUUUGGUGGAACAUCAAAGAAUCUUCCAGAUAGUAUGAAAUUAAGAGGAGAUAUAAAUGUAUUAUUGAUAGGAGAUCCAAGUACAGCAAAAUCUUAAUUAUUAAAAUUUGUUGAAAGAGCCUCAGAUAUUAGUGUUUAUACAAGUGGUAAAGGUAGUAGUGCAGCUGGUUUAACAGCUACAAUAUCAUAUUAACAUAAUACUUCAUAAUUUACAUUAGAAGCAGGUGCAUUGGUAUUAGCAAGUGGUGGUGUAUGUUGUAUUGAUGAAUUUGAUAAAAUGAGAUCUGAAGAUAGAGUUGCUAUGCAUGAAGCUAUGGAAUAAUAAACUAUUUCUAUUGCUAAAGCUGGUAUUACUACUAGAUUAAAUGCUAAAUGUUCUAUACUUGCUGCUGCUAAUCCUAUAUUUGGUAGAUAUCAAGAAAACAAAUCUAUCUAAGAGUAAAUUGAACUAUAAACUACAAUCUUAUCUCGUUUUGAUAACAUAUUUAUUAUAAGAGAUGUCAGAUCUAUGGAAAAUGAUUAAAGAUUAGCUAAUCAUAUUAUAUCUCUUCAUACUGGAUAGUUUGCUGAUCAAGAAGGUAUGCAAAUUGAGUAAGAUGGCCAUACUCUUGAUCUUAUGAAAUUAAAAUAAUACAUUAAAUAUGCUAAAUCUACUGUUAAACCUUUACUUACUGAAUAAGCAGCAUAAAUGAUUUAAAAUCUAUAUGUUGAUGAUAGAUAAAAAUCAUAAUAGCCUCAUCAUUCCAAAAGUGGAGGAAAAUCUCAUAUUCCUAUUACUGUUAGAUAACUUGAAGCUAUUAUUAGAAUCAGCGAAUCUUUAGCUAAAAUGUAAUUAUAAGAACAUGUUAAAGAAGAUCAUGUCAAAGAAGCUCAUAGAUUAUUCUAAAUAUCUACUAUGAUGGCUGUCUCUUUAGGAUCUAAGUAUAUUCUUAUAUUAUCAUUUUUAGAGAAUUUGGACUUGAUUUAUCUAAUGACUUAAAAUAAUUAGUUACUAAAAUUGAAGAAUCUAUACUCAGAAGAAUCAGUAUUGGCUCCAAAAUACCUGCUACUAGAUUGAUUUAAGAAUUAUCUGAUAGAUUCCAUAAUUAGAGAGCUGUUGAAUUUGCCAUACAUAAUCUAAUCUAAACUGAAUAACUCUAAUAAGUAGAAAUGAAGAAAAUGCUCAUUAGGAAAAAGUGAUUUUUUAUAGUUUUUUCUGCAAC